GACCUCCAGUGAGACUAUAAGAGAGACGGAGAGAUGGACAACCCUUAUUCCAGACGGAGAGAGAGAGACACGGACACACACACACCGCUCACCGACAGCAGACGCAGACAUGAACUCGGCUCCUCCAGCGGGCAGCGCUCUGGCCACCCCCGCCAGCACCACCGGCCCCACCACACCCAAGAAGGGCCCGCCCAAGUUCAAGCAGAGGCAGACCCGCACCUUCAAGAGCAAGGCCCCCAAACCCGGCCAGAAAGGGUUUGGUGAUGAUAUUCCGGGUAUGGAGGGUCUCGGCACAGAUAUCACCGUGGUGUGCCCAUGGGAGGCGUUCGGGGACAUGGAGCUCAGCGAUCUGGCCAAAUACGGCAUCAUCUAAGCCCCGCCUCCUCCACAUCACCGCCUUGGCUCCGCCCCCUCGCGCCUCGCGGCCCCGCCCCCUCCGUUUCAUGUUGUCUUGUGGUUAUGAUGUGGGAUGGUAAAGGACUGAUUCAACA